AGCCCAUAAGUCAGAUAAAGUUAAGUGAGGGAACACUGUGCUCGUGUUUGUGGAGGCUAGGACUGAGACAUCCAUAUCUUGAAAUAUUCAGGCAGCUGUACUGCUCAGCUUUCAUUGUGAGACUGACCCAUUUCUAUCUGAGAAUAAAUAAUGGAGGGGAGAUUUGGAGACCAGCACCUUUGAGAGGUUCCACCUUCUGCACCUAUUUCAUAUCUGAACGUCUAAAGAAGAAAAAGAACUGUGUAGUAGAAGAUAAGCUCUGCGGCAGGCGUCAUGACCACAGCUAGGUACCGUCCCACCUGGGAUUUGGCCCUGGACCCGCUAGUGUCCUGUAAACUGUGUCUGGGAGAGUUUCCCUUGGAGCAAAUGACCACCAUCACCCAGUGCCAAUGUGUCUUCUGCACUCUGUGCCUGAAGCAUUAUGUGGAACUUCUCAUCAAGGAGGGCUUCGAAACAGCCAUCAGCUGUCCAGACUCAGCCUGUCCAAAACGUGGACAUUUACAAGAAAAUGAGAUUGAAUGCAUGGUGGCCGCAGAGAUAAUGCAGAGGUACAGGAAGCUGCAGUUUGAGAAGGAAGUGUUGCUGGACCCGAGCCGGACCUGGUGCCCGUCCUCCACGUGCCAGGCCGUGUGCAAGCUGAAGGAGUCUGACACGGCGCUUCCACAGUUGGUGCGGUGCAGCGUUUGCACACUCGAGUUCUGCUCUGUCUGCAAGGCCAGCUGGCACCCGGACCAAGACUGCCAAGAGAACCUUCCCAUCACCACAUUUCUACCUGGAGAGAGCAGUUCGUUCUUUAAGGCUGACGAUGACGACGCCCCCAUCAAACGCUGUCCCAAAUGUAAAGUCUAUAUAGAAAGAGACGAGGGCUGUGCCCAGAUGAUGUGUAAGAACUGCAAGCAUGCUUUCUGCUGGUACUGCCUGGAGUCUCUGGACGACGACUUCCUCCUGAUCCAUUAUGACAAAGGACCCUGCCGGAACAAGUUAGGCCACUCCAGAGCCUCCAUGAUCUGGCACAGAACGCAGGUUGUUGGUAUCUUCGCCGGUUUCGGCCUCCUCUUACUGGUGGCUUCUCCGUUCCUGCUGCUCGCUACACCAUUCGUGCUGUGCUGUAAGUGCAAGUGCAGUAAAGGUGACGAUGACCCUUUACCCACCUAACAGCCCGGCGUGAGCAGUCCCUGUACCAGGAAUUCCGGUCAUCUCCUUUAAUUGUUUUUCUUUUCCUCCUCCGCCUUCGAGCUCUUCAUCAACUGGUGGGACUUGCGCAUUUGAAGCCACAACACGAGCCAUCUCACGCCACGGUUACUGUCACAGCUGACAGUAGGCUCCAUCCUGCCAGGGACUAAAGGAGACUUCAUAAGCCUGCUGCUUGCUAAGGUGGAGGAUUCGAGAGGUGGGGGUUCCCUCCGCAGUAACAAAAGGGAUGUUACUGAAGGAGCACAGCGCUGCUCCAUCCGGGCGCUUGUUUGUUUGGUGAAUGUUUCUCAUAUGUGGCUGUUCAGGAGGGUUCUGUUCUAAUAGAACAUAUAUUCAAUGUGUUUAUGUCUGUUUCUGUGUGCAUAGUAGCAUUUCAGUCACACAGCAUAUUCUUUAUUAAAUGUUUUGCACAGAUACGGGGCUUUUUUGUCACUUUAAAUGCUCUAAAGUCAGUAGAUUUCAGUUUGGGGUCAAAUGUACAGCUAAAAUGCUACUUUAAAUGUUUAUUUACAGCUAAAUUUAGCCUUUUUUUAAUAGCAUGUUUGUAUUUUCAUGUCAAGUUAUUGUCUUUCUGUCUGAAACUAUUGACAACCCUAGUUUAAUUUGGCAGAUAUUUUGGCUGUUGAUGUCAUCAGAUGAUAUUUACCAUUGAAAUUUCGCUCAGUGCACUUAAAGCAACAUUAUGCAAAUUUUUCUGCGUUCAAAAUAUGCUAAAUGUAUAUAAUGAGCGAGUACAUCAUAAAUUAAUCUACCAAACCGCCUUUUUGUCUUAUCUCACAUCACUGCGGUUAAUUUAUAAUAAGUGAUUAUUUGUGGACUAUUGUAGCCUGGUCGGAUCGUCACCGCUGCGGAGUAACACAUACCUACGCGAAUCGCCUUAGACAUAAACUUGGAGAAGUAGCUCCGGUUCGAAUGUUCUUCCGCGGGAUGCGUGCAGUUCUGUUUAUUAACCGCUAGAGCGCCAAAAUGUUCAUAGUGUUGCUUUAAGUGUAAUUUUUUGCCUUCAGAUUGAGUCACUGACCUCCCUGCAUUUAAAGCAUAAAUAUGAUUCCAAAGUAGGGCUGUUCUGUGAGUUGCAAUGCCAAAUAUUGAGCUACUGAAAGUGUCACUCAAACGAUACUUUAACCUUAUCUGAACACCCAAUGCUUAAACCAGAACUGUCAAAAUACAGAAACCAA